UAUCUGUAAAGCAUUCACAAUGACCAAGAUCACAUUUGUAACAGGAAACGCCAACAAACUUAAAGAAGUGGUUGCCAUUCUUUCGUCAGGUCCUUCUUCAGCUAACGGAGACGACUCUCAUUCUGUUGGUAAAUUCACCAUUGUCAACCAAUCGAUAGAUCUUGAUGAAAUUCAAGGAUCAAUUGAAGACGUGACUAUUCACAAGGCCCGUGCUGCUGCUGAUACAAUUAAAGGCCCAGUAUUAGUCGAAGACACCUGUCUUGGAUUCAACGCAUAUAACAACUUGCCUGGUCCAUAUAUCAAAUGGUUUCUUCAAUCCAUAGGUUUACAAGGUCUUGUCAAUAUGUUGCAAGGAUUUGAAGAUAAGUCCGCCAAUGCAAUUUGUACUUUUGGUUAUUGCUCAGGUCCAGGUGGUGAAGUCAAAUUAUUCCAGGGUGUGACUGAAGGUAGAAUUGUCCCAAGCCGUGGUCCUACUAACUUUGGGUGGGAUUCCGUGUUCGAACCUAAAGGGUUUGAUCAAACCUAUGCUGAAAUGGAUAAGUCAGUAAAGAAUACUAUUAGUCACAGAUACAGAGCCUUGGACAAAGUGAGAGACUUCUUGAUUUCUCAAGAAUAACUUCAUUGUAUAAAUUUUAUUAAACAUCAUAGAAGCAUAAAUAUAAAUAUUAAAAAUUAAAUUGAAGAGAAAAGAAAUAGUGCAAAUGAUGAUUCAAAACGUAAAUGGUGAGGGGUCUAAUAUAAUAGGGCAUGGCAUAUAAAAAAUGUUGUUUGCGAACUGAGCCUUUAUGCAAAUGCAAUGUAAGUCAAAUGGUCAUGCUCAACCAAAUAUUUCCUUGAUCUUACCUAAAAGUCCCCCUUUCUUUCUCUGCUCUUUAUUAUGGGAAGUGACAGCAUAUAAAUUUGGGACAUCUCCACUGCCACUAGAACUGCUGCUCUUUUGGUGAGAAAUAACGUUUCCGAAUCCACCUCUACCCACAGAAAAGGUAUUGUUCGAAGCAAUAGCUUUAAGUUCAUUAUCGCCAGGUGGUGGGGAAUCAACAUCUUGUAACUUUCUAGCUAAUUGUGGAUCGGAAUUACUAAUCAUAUUUCCAUAUCCUCCUCUACCAGUUGUUAUUUUUGAUGUGGUUAAUUGUGGAGUGUUUGAUCCCAUAGGAAUUAAUUUGGGGGAAGGUAUUUGACUAGAAUGUUGCAUAUUUCCUGCCCCGCCUCUACCGGUAGAGUAAUAUACUCGUUUAUUAUUUGAUGUGGUCUUGGCUAAUCUAUGCUGAUCUUCUGCAACUGGGUGAGAUCUAAUCACGGUUAUGGCAGGCAGUUGAUCCUGCUCUGGUUGUGGUUGAUGUCCAGCAGAAGUUGAGGGCUGUAUGUGGGAAAUAUUUUCUAAAGUGGUCAUGCUUAUCAAACUGUCUGUAUUGCUUGAGCUCUUCCUCGAAUGUACAUGUAAUGCUUUUCUCGGGCGUAUAUGCUAUAUACUUCUUAUGCGAAUGCGAGACCUAAACAAAGGAAUAUGGCUUAACAAAGUGAAAACUUUUUAGUGAAUUAGUAAAAUAAAAUGACAACUUCG